AAUCGUUUUUAUUCCAGUUAUUGGCAUUACUUGUCAAAGGGAAAUAACUUGUUAUUGUGAUACCAGUAAUCUCCCUUCAUUUAUAAUUUAGCGGGAAAUAAUAUUACGUACAUUUGUGUUCAAAGAACUUGUGGAUGCUGUUUAAUGGAUUUGUGGGAAGUAUGUCCACAGAUGGUUUGUAUGAACAAAGAAGGCACAUUCUACGAUGGUUAUAUCGGUGUCAUGAAUCAGAAUUUCCGCUUGUCUCUCACUCUACCCCCUGAUGGUUCUCUCCGGGAAGCUGAGCUAAAGUUUCAGCCUGAUCUUUACUAUCUUUUAAUUGAGCACCAACCAUUGAUCAAACAGCGCCUAAGCCAGUGCCCAAGUGUUACAGCUUUUCUACAGGAAUUGAAGGUUCUUCUUGAAAAAGUUGUUGAAAAACCUAACAGAUCAUCAGAACAGUUUUUUCGAGUACCGAAUCGAUUGCUUAAUGAGUUGAAGCAACUAGGCUGGGAUAAAUUGGUCUAUAUUGGUCCUGCUUUCAAAAAACUGCAUCUCAGCAAGGAAGACGAUGAAGGGCGCACUCAUAUAUUGAAGAUACAACUUCAUGCUGAACACCCUCGGGUACAACCUACCUGUGUUACUGACCUUCCAAAAAUGUUUAAAUACACCUGGAAUCCAAAUAGUAAACUGAUUGAUCUUUAUACCCAGUUUGAAAGAGUGAUCCAAUCUUAUCAGAUGUUCUGGGAUGCCAUGGAAGAAAUCGACAAAAAAACAUGGGUUUUGGAACCCGAGAAGCCUACAUAUAGCGCUACGUUUCGAAGAAUAGCUCUAAGUCCAAAUUCAUCUCUCCAGGUAAUAUUUGAUCCUGACGAACCCCAGAACUUCGUCCAGUGUCAGUUCAUUGGUGCCGAGAGUGUGGUCGAUCCACUUAAGCAAAAUCUAAACACGAAUCUCCAGAAAUGGGACAUGGGCAUAAAUGUUCUUCAGAAUCUUGAGAAUUUACUGGAGAUCGAGUUUCCUUCUCCGGCUUUCACGAAGAAGGAAGAAUUUCUUGGGGAAUGUGGUAUUUGCUAUUCUUAUCGACUUGGCAUGGAACUGCCAAGCAAAGUGUGUGAAAGCGCCCAGUGUGGUCAACCUUAUCACCAGUCGUGCCUCUAUGAAUGGUUAAAAACUCUGCCAUCUAGUCGUUAUAGUUAUAACAUGGUGUUUGGGGAAUGCCCAAUAUGCAUGAAACCUUUAACAGUUACUGUUACUACAUCUGCAGAUUAAACUGUUUGUAAUUACAGUAACAUGAAUGUUUAUCAUUAUCCCUAUGAUGUUAUUGUUGGAAUUUAUUUUCUAAAUAGCUUCUCAGUAGUUAUCAUAAAUCCUUUCAAAUACUUUAAUUUAGCGAUUAUUUAUAUAUAAUCGCAUCUGUUUUCCAUGGUGGCAUGGGUUGGAUGGUUUGACAGAACCCAGCUUGCUGUAGGGCUGUGCUGAGCUCUAGUGUCAGCUUUUGGCAUAAUUUCUUUGGCUGGAUGCCCUUCCCAAUGCCAACCCCAUUACAGUGUGUUCCAGGUACUUUUUCAUAUGACUGGCACUCGAAAAGUCACCAAGUAACUCACAAGUCAAGUAAAGAAUGGGAAAACAGGAAAAAACAGAAAAAGAAA